AUGGAAGCUGAAACCGAACCCAAGGAGGAGCCUGCUACUGAGGAACUGAAGGAGAUCAAGGCUCAGGAGGAGACUGAGAGUAUCACCAUGCACACUCCCAUGAAGAUGGAAGAGCCUGAAGCACAACCCGCUCCAAACAUACAAGAGGAGCUUGAGGAUGAGCAACUUGCUCAACUUUUGGCAGUUCUCAGGAAGCUGCAAGUCAAUAUCACUUUUGCAGAGGUGUUGGAGAAGAAAUCUCCCCAUAUGGCCUAUCUAAAAACUGCUAUCUCUGACAAGACGGCUCUGAAAGGAGAUGAGACUGUGGUACUGACUAAGAAAUACAGUGCCUUAGUCCAAAAAAAGGUGUCUCCAAAGAUGCCAGAUCCCGGAAGCUUCCUUAUUCCCUGUACUAUAGGGACCAUCACGCUUGAGAAGGCAUUGUGCGACCUUGGCUCCAACAUUAAUCUUAAGCCUCUCUUUGUAAUGAAGAAGUGA